UAGCUGGUGAGUAUCUUGAUGCUGUGCCUCAUCGAAGAGAACCAUGCACACAGGGUCUUGGAUUAUGAGGAAAGUUGGCCAAGCCUUGUCAAGGACGGUUGAGGCACAGUGGGGUCAGCAGGAGCCCUGGGGCAAUGACAGGAGGUGGCUCACCCCACCACUUGUCUCCCCAGACCACCCCUUCUGGGCCCUCAUCCUCAUCUGCUUGGCGGGCCUCCUGGUGCUCAUCACAGGCCUGAUCUGCUGUCUCCUGGUUGCAAUGCAGGCAGGGAUUAACUUGGGGACAGCUGUGUCAAGAGGAUUGUAUCAACCAGCAACAAUCUUUAUGGGCCGCCAAAUGUCAGCCAUCUCAAGCACUGGAGAUGUUAGUACAGAGCGGAAAUCUCCCCAACCCACGAAGAACUUCAGAACAAUUCCUGACUCAUGUUCACAGCAACAGACAGCCCAGAGCAGUGAUGUGACAGACAGCUAUGUAGUCUGCACUAAUAGUGGCACACAGUGCUUAAAUAAGUCUGACAAAAUAGAUGGAAGGACAUCUCUUCAGAUUGAUGAGAAAAUGCCAGUCACAGCCAGCCCAUUGUCUGAGGAGGAAGAGACUCAUUGCUUGGAGAUAGGAAGCAACUCACAUCACGGCAAGAGUAAUUUAUCUGAAAGCAGAAAGUCUGCUGAACUCCAUUCCCUGUUACGGGGAAGAUUACGUCCAGGGAGCAGAACCACUGAUUUAAAGUGUGACAGUUCCAGCAGAUCAGGGGCAUCAGAGGGAGAUAUACUGACACGGGAACAUAUUGAAGUCAAGGAAGACAGUGCCAGACUACCAGUCGCUCUGAUAUCAGUCUCAGAAUACUGUGCAUCUGAAAGUAAGUGUUCUCAAGAGAAGCAUUCUGCUCAGGAAGGUUUCUCAGAUCAUCCUCCUCACGGGGACCCCGAGGCACAGAAGCCCUUCAGGAAAAUGCAGCAACAGCAGGAAGAGGAAGGUCUGAGCAGCAGCAGUGACCUCACAGUUGCCGUAAGUGAAGAUGAUCUGAUUUUAGAGAGUCCAGAACCACAGCCAGAUCCCAGUGACAAGAUGGAGGGAGAAGAUGGAAUAGAGGCCUUAAAAUUAAUCCACUCUGAGCAAGAAAGAGGUGCCCUAUCCACCGAAAAACAUAAUUGUAUUUUGCAAACUCUAAGCUCUCCUGAUUCAAAAAAGGAAUCCUCCGCUAACUCACCAACAAGAGAUCCAGCCCAGGCUCCAGAUGUGAGCUUGUUGAGGGCACAGUUGGGUCAGCACAUGGCCACCUUGAAAGAACGUGAUAAUUCUAUCACAGAAGAGGCAGCAGCGUUAUUGAAAAAAGCCCCUACAGAAGAGUGUGACGAUAGUUCGGGUUCUGAAUCAUCUUGCAGCUUGCCAUCUAUUCUGAAUGACAGUAGUGGAAUAAAGGAAGCGAAACCCACUCUAUGGCUCAACAGUGUUCUUACAAGGGAACAAGACGUUUCAAGUGGCUGCGGAGACGAGAGCAAGGAAGAGAGCAUGGCAGCAAAGAUUCCAAUCACAGAAACAAAAGCCUACCAGUUGCUGAAGUGGUCUACCCUUCAGGAUAAUACAAAUCAAACUGAAGACAGGUUCCAAAAGGCAGAUGCUUCUGCAUCACAACUGUCAGGUUUGAAUAUUGGCAGCGGUACAUUCAAGACAAAGACAACUAACAAAAUCGCUUCGGAAGCUAGUUUUUCAUCUAGUGAAGGAAGUCGUUUGUCAAGGUAA